AUGGAUGGUAUCGUAAUGAACGGGUCGACGGAGGAUCCGUCUAGACCUCCUCCUCCCGAACCCUCAGAACGCCCUCCCACUCCCCCUCCGCCUCCUCCAGAAGAUUCCGCCGCCCCUCCUCCGCCCCCGGACGUGUCCGCGCCUCCACCACCGCCCGAAGACCUCCCUCCUGCUCCGCCGCCAGAGCUUCCCAAGAAGAAGAAGGUCGGAUGGGGUGCGAAGCGUCCGGUCUCUACACCGCUGAGUGUGGAGGAGUUGAUCCGGAAGAAGCGAGAGGCAGACGCUGCAGCCGCAAAGCCUAAAUUCCUCUCCCGAGCAGAACGCGAGCGUCUCGCGCUCGAAAAACGCAACAAAGAAGUCGAAGCUACUCGAAAACAGGCAUCCAACGGAACAGACCGCAGCAGCACGCAAUCUCCCUCCAUAGCCUCCGACGACCCGCGCGGUGACUCGAGAUCCAUUCCUACCGGGCCCCGGGCAAUGCGCAACGCGGAUGUACCGACCGCGCCGGCUGCCAUGCGUGGCUCACAGCAUUCACAGAGCAAGAACAACGACAUGCCGCCGCCGAAGAAGGGCGCACCUCGGCCCGUGGAUGAGGACGAGGCGGCUGCGCAGGCGGCACUAGUGAAGCAGAGAUACAUGGGAGCGGACCAGGCGUCCACUUUCUCGGCGAAGAAAAAGCGCAAGAGGACGACGGAUCGGAAGUUCAACUUCGAGUGGAAUGCGGAAGAGGAUACCAGUGGCGACUACAACCCGUUGUACCAGCAUCGGCAUGAGGCGAAGUUUUUCGGUCGUGGACGUCUGGCGGGUUACGGCGAUGACGUCGCGGAGCAAAUGGCGAAGAAGUAUGCGCGAGCACUGGAGGACCAGGACCGCGAGGCCGGAGGGAUGCGUGCGCGCGAAAUCAUGGAGAUGGAGCGCCGGCGGAGAGAAGAGAGUGCUCGGAACCAGAUCGACAAGCACUGGAGCGAGAAGAAGCUGGAACACAUGCGCGAGCGAGACUGGCGUAUCUUCAAGGAGGAUUUCAACAUCAGCACCAAGGGUGGCAGCGUACCCAACCCCAUGCGGUCAUGGGAUGAAUCGAAUCUGCCGAGUCGCUUGAUGGAACUGGUCAACCGGGUCGGCUACAAGGAGCCCACGCCCAUCCAGCGCGCCGCUAUCCCCAUCGCCUUGCAGUCUCGUGACCUCAUCGGUGUGGCCGUCACCGGUUCCGGUAAGACGGCCGCCUUCCUCCUCCCUCUCCUGGUGUACAUCGCCGAACUCCCGCGCAUCGACGAGUUCGAAUGGCGCAAGAACGACGGACCCUACGCCAUCGUGUUAGCGCCCACCCGUGAACUGGCGCAGCAGAUCGAGAUCGAAGCCAAGAAAUUCACGCAACCGCUCGGCUUCAAUGUGGUCAGUAUCGUUGGAGGUCACUCCUUCGAAGAGCAAGCGUACAGCCUGCGAGAUGGCGCGGAAAUCAUUAUCGCCACGCCCGGUCGUCUCGUCGACUGCAUCGAGCGUCGCCUCCUCGUCCUCAGCCAGUGCUGCUACGUCAUCAUGGAUGAAGCCGACCGCAUGAUCGACCUCGGCUUCGAAGAGCCCGUCAACAAGAUCCUCGACGCGCUGCCCGUCUCCAACGAAAAGCCCGACACCGACGAGGCCGAGAACUCACUCGCCAUGAGCCAACACCUCAGCGGCAAGGACCGCUACCGCCAAACGAUGAUGUACACCGCCACCAUGCCCACAGCCGUCGAGCGCAUCGCCCGCAAAUACCUCCGCCGACCCGCCAUUGUCACGAUCGGCAGCGCCGGCGAGGCCGUCGACACGGUCGAGCAGCGCGUCGAGAUGGUCGCCGGCGAAGACAAGCGCAAAAAGCGUCUCGCCGAUAUCCUCUCAUCGGGCGAGUUCCGCGCCCCGAUCAUCGUCUUCGUCAACAUCAAGCGGAACUGUGAUGCCAUCGCACGAGAGAUCAAACAAAUGGGCUUCUCCUCCGUCACGUUGCACGGUAGCAAGACACAGGAACAGCGUGAAGCCGCCCUGGCUUCCGUGCGCAGCGGCGCCACCGACGUCCUCGUCGCCACUGACCUGGCGGGUCGUGGUAUCGAUGUUCCUGACGUCUCGCUGGUCCUCAACUUCAACAUGGCCACCUCUAUUGAGAGUUAUACCCAUCGUAUCGGUCGUACCGGUCGUGCCGGAAAGAGUGGUGUGGCUAUCACUUUCUUGGGUAAUGAAGAUGCGGAUGUUAUGUACGACCUCAAACAAAUGCUCAUCAAAUCCCCCAUCUCGCGCGUCCCCGAAGAACUCCGAAAACACGAAGCCGCACAAUCCAAACCUACGCGCGGUAUGGCCCGCAAAGGCGGCGGCGAUCGCGACGAGAACUCUGCAUUUGGUGGAAAGGGUGGAUGGUAA